GUAUUGAAAAGCUUCCAUCAGCCCAAAAUCGAAAACUUCAUUUUUCUUUUCGUUUUGGUGUCCUGGAGGUGCACAUCGACUUUUAAUUUAUUUGACAAAAAAAAUGAGCGAGACUCUGCAACUCAAAGGAACCCUAUUGGGGCACAAUGGGUGGGUCACCCAAAUCGCCACCAACCCCAAAUACCCUGACAUGAUCCUGUCUUCAUCUCGAGACAAGACUUUAAUUGUAUGGAAAUUGACCCGCGAAGACAACCAAUACGGCGUGCCCCAAAAACGCCUUCACGGACAUUCGCAUUUUAUCUCUGACGUAGUACUUUCCAGCGAUGGCAACUACGCUUUGUCAGGCUCCUGGGACAAAACCUUGCGUCUGUGGGACUUGGCCGCCGGAAAAACCACCAGGCGAUUCGAGGAUCACACCAAGGAUGUCUUGAGCGUUGCCUUCUCAGUCGACAAUCGUCAAAUCGUGUCCGGAUCAAGAGACAAAACUAUUAAAUUGUGGAACACUUUGGCCGAAUGCAAAUACACCAUUCAAGAUGAAGGACAUUCUGAUUGGGUAUCCUGUGUACGUUUCUCUCCAAACCACGCCAAUCCGAUCAUUGUCUCAGCUGGCUGGGACCGCAUGGUUAAAGUAUGGAACCUGACCAAUUGCAGACUAAAGAUUAACCACACCGGACACGCUGGGUACCUCAACACAGUGACAGUUUCACCUGAUGGUUCCCUAUGUGCUUCUGGAGGCAAAGACUGCAAAGCCAUGCUUUGGGAUUUGAAUGAUGGCAAACAUUUGCACACGUUGGACCACAAUGACAUUAUCACUGCUUUGUGCUUCUCACCAAACAGGUAUUGGUUGUGUGCUGCGUUUGGACCAUCAAUCAAAAUUUGGGACCUCGAAAGCAAAGAAAUGGUGGAAGAACUCAAACCAGAAGUGGCGUCGCAAUCGCAAGGCCCCAAAGCUGAACCGCCACAGUGUUUGUCGCUGGCGUGGUCCACCGACGGUCAAACCUUGUUCGCCGGUUACUCUGACAAUAUUAUUAGGGUGUGGCAAGUCAGUGUCAGCGCUCAUUAGUUUGUGAUAAGUUUGAAACAAUUUUUAAAAUAAAAAAAAUUGAUAAGCCGAUGGGUUGUAUUU